ACUUUUACCGUCGCCAUUUUGCGGACCAGCGUAAGUGUCGCCAAGAGUGCCGUCAUUUGAUGACAACUGACGUAAACUGCUUGUUCUAGAAAAAAAAAAAAUCAAUUUCACAUCAAUUCAAAUGCUAAUAAUAUACACAAAACCAAAUGAUAUUAUACCUUUGAUUUAAGCAUGUUUUAGUCAGUUUUAUAAACGCACUAUAGUUUUAAUUAAUUACCGUUUUUAUUUACUUCAGUUAACGGAAAUAUCUUAAUUUCAGCUUUUGUUCGUUUUUUACUUUCUUCCAAAUAUUUGGAACAUUACAAGCUUGCUGAGAAACCGAAAGAAGUCUCGCAUUCAGGACAAACUGUUAUUGUAAAGAGGUUUCCAUCCGCUCACCUCCUCUCCGCGCUCUGUUUGUUUAGCGCUUCAAGUGGCACGCGUCUGACGCGCGCGACGCACCGGUACCCGACGCAGGAGCCCAAGGUGUAUCCACGCGACCAGUGGGCGUGGCCAGCUCUCAUCCAAGCGCAUUGAAAAGCAGUGGAGUCUGUCUUCCAGGACACAUUUCAGCGCUGAGAGGCGGCCUGCCCCCACCGGAACAAGUGCGGUCGAAACACGUGAACGGCACGAGCGGGACGCACCGCCUCGAGACUUAAAAGUUACUUUCCGGAGAUGGACAUUACAGCCAAAAUGGAAAUUAACGUCAGCCAGCAGCAGCUGGUUCCCACCGCGUGUUACUUUUCGGCGCAGAGCAUCCAGCUGAGCCCCAGCAGCAGCUGCAGCAGUAGCAGUCAGUGCAGCGGGAAGUCCAGGCAGCCGAAGCGGCAGCGCUCCUCCUCACCGGAGCUGCUGCGCUGCAAGCGGCGGUUGAACUUCGCGGGCUUCGGCUACACGCUCCCGCAGCAGCAGCCGCACGCGGUGGCCCGCAGGAACGAGCGCGAGCGCAACCGGGUGAAGCUGGUGAACAACGGCUUCGCCACGCUGCGUGAGCACGUCCCCAACGGAGCCGCCAACAAGAAGAUGAGCAAAGUGGAGACGCUGCGCUCCGCGGUGGAGUACAUCCGCGCCCUGCAGCAGCUGCUGGACGAGCACGACGCGGUGAGCGCCGCCUUCCAGGCCGGCGUGCUGUCGCCCGGCAUGUCGCAGGGUUACUCCGCGGACAUGAACUCCAUGGCCGGGUCACCCGUGUCCUCCUACUCGUCGGAUGAAGGCUCCUACGACCCGCUGAGUCCGGAGGAGCAGGAGCUGCUGGACUUCACCAACUGGUUCUGAGCAUCUCCAAGAAUUCUGGAUCAACUCGUCUGAGUUUUGUUGUCCGGCGCUUGGGAUGGUCCCGGAGAACAAGGCGCGCUGUUUUAAUCCUAAAGACUGAUUAAAGACUCAGGGUUAAAAGGAGACAAAGUGGGAAAAACACAACAAAAAGAGAUCCUAACGUGAAUUCAUGCUGUCCAGAAAACAAAACAUUAUUUAAAAUGCCGCUCCUCAUCUAUGCUAAUCCAAUCACACCGACCCUUUUUUGUUAAACCUCUCCGAAGCUGAAUUCAGUUCAAAUGCUUCCAGGUUGCGGAUUUAUUCUAUUAAAUUCUAUAUCAGACGCUUUUUGGGGGAAUAUAUUAAGAUAUUUUUGUAUGUAAGAGAUUUAUAGAUGUUUUGUACACAUCCUUUUUGUAUAUAUUUUGUCUAUUGCGAAGUUAUUUCUAAUGCCUCCUGCCAACGUAGACCUGUAGUCUAUUAUUCUCUGGCUCUUGUGUUCACGAGGUCUCCAGCAGGAGUUUGACACUCCGAUGUUUUUAUUAUAUAGCACCAAUGUGUCUUAUUUAAUAGCAGAACCAUGUUAUUGCAUUAUAUCAUGUCACAAUGAUCAAACUUAUGCAGCUAUUGUCCAAAAAAAGAGUGCAAUAGCCAUGCAUUACACUGCCAGCUCUUUAUCUUCUAUUCACAAGCAGAUGUUAAAUAAUUCUUUAUAACCAUAUUUUCUACAAUUUAGUCCAAAAAUAAAGAGAUUUACUGAA